GGGCCUGGGCUCCUUGGCUGAGCACUAUUACAUAUUCGAACUCCACGAGCGACUAGCCUGCUUUCCCUUAGACUUGCACAAGCACAUCCUCAACCUCUCAUUAAUAUGCCUCGCCCUGAAGCGUUGUUUUUACAUGGAGUCGCUGUGGGCGUGAUGACAUACGGUUUUAUUAGCCUCAGAACACUACCCAUGGAUGGCUGGAUUCGAGCACAGAAGGGAGGGCACUUUCAAUUUCUGACUAUACAAGGGCUAGCUGUCGCUUGGUUUACCAUGGUCCUAAACCUUGGCUGUGAUUUGCUGCCUUCAUUCGCCGCCCUUCGCGCAGUCAAGCGUGCUUCCCUCAUGAUGGCUCUUCCUCUCACAUUUGUGAUAUCCGCAGUGUACUGGUCACUCCUGUUGUUUUUCCCAUCAUUGAUUCUACAACGCCAGCUUCCGGGACUAUCUGAGCCAUCUUCUUCGUCGACCCUCCCUGCACUGGCACGGAUUCCUCUUGACAUAGAUUUCUCUCUCCAUCUCGCUCCUGUUGUCACCCUCCUUGCAGACUUUGUUUUCUUCGAGAAGAAAUAUACCAAAAAGCAAGUUCAAAUCGGCUCACCACUCGCCGUCCUCGCCUGUGGAACAUGGUAUGCCUGCUGGGUAGAAUAUUGCGCUAGUUAUAAUCAUACAUUCCCAUACCCUUUCCUGACAGAGAACCCAUUUAACAUCCGCGUUGGCAUUUAUAUAUUCGUGUCCUUCCUUGCUUGGAGCUGUUUCCGCCUCAUGAACGCGCUCCAUCCUUAGAGGGUUAUACCAUCCUUAUACCUUCGUGUAGAGCUGGGUGUUAACAACAGAACGUCAAUGUUCCACAUAAUAGGCGGGGCUCAGUACGGUAGAUUGUCGAAAUGUGAUAAUAGUGCACAUCUUGUUAUGAGCAGUAUAAACCGUUGGUGAACCCAACGGGAAGUUUGUCCGUUUUUCCUCGUUGUUUUAGAACCAAUAUAUUUCGGA